AUGAAGACCAUCACUGACAUUGACAGCGACCCUAUCGCUAUCGACUGGCCGGAGGAUUGGACUCUCACCGCAUUCGCUAGGUUCUCCUGCAUCUCUCAGACAAACGACGGUGACCUGCGCCCUCCUUUGUCCUGGUCUCCCAUUGCUUCCCCUCUCCCGGCGCUUCGACCGAAUGUGCGACCCCGAUACCCAACCUCUCACCGGACUCCAUGUGGUCUCAUAACAAUUUCCUGGACAAAAGCGACCCCCAAUUAUACAAGCGCAGUCGUGCCGCAUACAUCGGGUGCCAACAAGGUCUUCUCACCGGUUGUUUUGAGGGAGGUAGUGUUGGGCGCCAUUAGGAAGUGA